GUCGCCAGAAGAAAAAUGCGAAACGUUGUUAUUAAUUUCUUGCAUAAUUGCAGAGUUAAGGAAGCAGAAUUUUCCAGUUGAAAUUAUAUGAUAAUGAUAAUAAGUGAUAAUGAUAUAAAGUGUACCACAGUGUAUUUGCAUCACAUUGUUCCAAUAUAUUUCAGAGAGGCAAUUUUUAGUUUUGAAUAUCCAAAGGCAGGCACAUGUUAGACAAAUACUAAAAAUUUAUUGUAUUCGCACAUAAUCUAUCACAAAUACAUAAGACUGUGGACAUAUAACAAUGAAAAAGAGCGUUAUUCUGCGAAGAAGAUUUAAAAUAUUCAAUUUACGUGAAUCAAAGGACGAAUGCUCCUCGGUGUAACGUAACGGUCUCCAGAUGUGCUUUUUAUGAUAAUUUCAAAACAACAGAACCGCGAGUGAUACCUUAUCGGUAUGACUUGAGAACUUAACCUAUUUCAUCCAUCUUAGAAUUGACCAUUCAUCGUGCUUUAUGCAUAGUGAGCAAAAAAGCUUGGUUUUGCACCAUUGGCACGUGAUGACAGGAAAAAGAAUGCGCACAUGCUCAUCAUCAUGAAAUUUGUCUGUUACAUGGUCAUCAUUCUGACCCUGACCUCCGUUACCGUUGUCGCAAGACCUCCACUGGAUAACUGCGAUUGGUCUGGAAGUGGCACUCUGGAGAUGGCUCUUUCAAGAGGUGUUCAACCAGUGUAUCUCCGCUGCAAUCAGGGAACAAUCCGGUGGCAUUAUCCUCAAGGAGCACUGAGAAUAGUUCUGCAGCACCGAACUGAAGGAAGCAACUUCAGUGCUUGUAUCAAAAGAUCCAAUACGACCUCUGGUGCGCGUAUCUAUCUGGCUGGAAUAAAGAAGCUUCAUCUCGUGUUUAAUAACGAUGAUCCAAAAGACUUGGUGAGAUGUGUGUCUUCUCAGCGAGGUCAAGUGGCUCUGUAUAUGGAAGCCAAUCCUAUUACCGACGCUCUGCGACAGGCCACGGCAGAGUUUAGUUACCACUUGAAAAAAGUGGCAACAAGAUCCAGCAAGGAUUUCAGCGAUGACUGCCAGCCAUGCACAGAUGAACAACUGCUUCGACACUACUGCACAAGUGAUUUUGUCAUCCAAGGCACAGUGACUGGCUUGUUCAACAACAGAGCGCUACAGUUGACUGAGCUGACGAUACGUGUUUCGCGGUACCACAGAAUCAACGAACUCGACAAACUUCUAACACAUUCCAACUCGACUGCCGUGCCAUUCAAGUAUAUUGUAUUGCACCGGCCUCUGAGUUGCGGUACUAGGGCCGGUACAGGAGAGUACCUGUUUCUCGGAAAAUGGGUCCUUGGGAAUCCAAGCUUGUACUGCAUACCAAGAAUCGUGGAAUGGAAAAAAGUUCGAAGGAAAGCAAUAAUAACCGGAAUGAAUGAAUGUUUGUUAUAGCUGGGACUUCCCAGAAAUUACCAUUUGGGACACUGGAUCUCAUCAUGCCAAAUUCAAAACUAUCGGCUUUCACUCACGCGAAUGUAAAUUAUCUUUUGUUCACUGUAUAUUUAAACCAGUAACUCAUACUCUAGCAUAGAAUGUUUGGCUGAACAGUUAUUUAGAGCAGGGUUUCUUAAACUUUUUUCAGUCGCUACCCCUUUUUAUCACUGAGAUUUUUUCCCGACCCCCAGGAUCGCAUAAUAUUUACAUAACUUUUGUGGGACCCCCGUAAGUAUUGAUCAAAAACAUAGAAGAAUGUGAAAAUUUUAAGGGAACAGUGGACUUUUGGAUAGAAUGCAUAAAUUGUUUCUCCCUAUAACUUUGAAUCACAUACUAAUUUGAGAUAUGUUUAUAUUUGUCAUAUUUAAUAUUACGAGAUUAAAAAUAGUUAAAUGAUACGAAAAUGUUAUCUAGUGUUUACAAAUUCAUAUUCAAAGUUAAUUUGCUGUUUCCCAUGAUCAUGUAUUAAAGGUAAGUUUGAAGAAAAACUUUAAAUUCGGUUUUCACAAAACAAAUUUUUUGGCAGUUCCUUGAAAAUGCUCCUUGCGGCUCAUUUUUAGUUCAAAAUGAAUGAUGAUAUUUGGAAGAAACUAUCUUGUUUUAUAUGUUACAGUAGAAAUGUGCAUGCAUUUUUGGAUAUGAGGUUAUUAAGAAGUUUAAACUUUAUGUGAUA